AUGCGAGAUACUUCUCUCAGUUCCCAGCAGCCCGGAACCACCGAUCGGAGCACCGAGUUUCCUGAGUGCCCUCAUUUACUACGGCUUCCGCCCACGGGUCUGGAAUACCCGAGGCUCUUUAGCCGUGAACGGCCGGAAAGGCACUUCCGGUAUCUGUUGCCAAGGCGCUGGCCCGCUGGGCCUAAGGAAGCGACUUUGUUGGCGGCGUCCUCUCCCCCCAUUCUGGGGGUCGAGAUGACGGGGCUCAGCUACACGGAGAUGGAGGGCUGUCGUAACCUGCUCAGCCUAUUGGACAACGAUGAGAUCAUGGCCCUCUGCGACACUAUCACCAACCGUCUGGUGCAGCCUGAGGACCGCCAAGAUGCCAUUCGUGCAAUAUUAGUCUACAGUCAAAGUGUAGAAGAACUUUUGAGGCGAAGAAAAGUCCACCGAGAAAUCAUAUUUAAGUACUUGGCAACACAGGGUGUUAUUAUACCUCCAGCUACUGAAAAACACAAUCUUAUUCAGCAUGCAAAGGAUUACUGGAAAAAGCAGUUACAACCAAAAUUGAAGGAAACACCAGAGCCAGUUAAGACAGAGGACAUUAGACUCUCUGAACAGCAGGAGAAAGAAGAAAAAAACGCCGAAAAGGUUGAUUUUCGUCGAUUAGGUGAAGAAUUCUGUCAGUGGUUCUUUGAACUUCUGAAUUCUCAGAAUCCUCUUCUGGGACCACCUCAAGAUGAAUGGGGGCCACAGCACUUCUGGCAUGAUGUCAAGCUUAGGUUUUAUUACAACACAUCUGAACAAAAUGUGAUAGACUACCAUGGAGCAGAAAUUGUGAGCCUUCGUCUGCUGUCACUAGUGAAAGAGGAGUAUCUUUUUCUCAGUCCCAACCUAGAUUCCCAUGGACUAAAAUGUGCUGCUUCUCCCCAUGGUCUCGUUAUGGUUGGAGUUGCUGGGACUGUCCACCGAGGAAACACUUGUUUGGGCAUUUUUGAACAAAUUUUUGGACUCAUCCGCUGCCCUUUCGUGGAGAAUACUUGGAAAAUCAAGUUUAUCAACCUGAGAAUUAUAGGAGAGAGUUCCCUUGCUCCUGGAAGAUUAAUGAAACCGGCUAUUACAUUUGAACCAAGUGACCUAGAAGCCUUUUAUAAUGUAAACACUUUGUGUGGUCCCAUGAAGUACAACUCCAUGUAAGGCAGGCACUGGACAGUGGGAUUGGAGACCAAGAUUCACCUAGUGGAAGUUAGGCACUGUUGACCAGAAGAGAACUAAUUUUACCUAGCCCUUGAAGCUCUGAGUACACUGUCAGUCUGAAAAAUCUUCUAUACAGAAAUUCAUCCAAAUACUACAUCAGCAAUGUCUAAGUGAUUUCAUAUUGGGGGGUUGACAUAUUUUAGUUGAAAUGGCUUUCUUGACUACAAGCUAACAUAGUAUGUGAACACUUGCCUCUUUUCUACUUGAGUUGCAGCAGAUAUUCUGAAAAUUUCAUGCAAUUCGUCAAAUAAAUCCCACUUCAGAUGUUGUAACUAACAA